AUGGGCAAGUCUUCUACUCGCAACGUUGCCGCUGAACAAGAGUUCUCCAAGCUGGAGCAUCUGCUGGAACAGACAGCAGACGAGAUAGCCAGCUGCCUCAAGGUUCUGAAGACCAACCUCGCCGAGUACGACAGCCGCAAUGGGCUGCUCUUCGCCAACACCUCAAAGUCCUUCAUGAGGAGCGACAUUCGUGCUGCGAAGGACGUGGCUUCCGAGUUGCGGCACGUCGCUGACCAGAUCUCCAAGAGUGACGCUCCGUCCGAGUGGGAGAUCACUGCUACCCGCAGCAAGAUCAACGCCGUCUUCGACGCCUUGGGUCAGCUCAAGAAGACCGCUCGAGCCUACGACCGGAAGGACAAGUCGAAGGGAAUUGCAGGGAUUCUUGGCAACGCACUCACCGGCAACAAUGACAGCGCGAGCGAUACGGUGGAGGCAGUGGUGAAGCGCACCUUACACGACAACUUCAAAGGGUUCUCUGCUCUCAAGCACCAAGUCUUAGUUGCAGAAGAGUCGUUGUCUCCCUCGUUCGCAGAGCGCGUUAUGGACACUGUGAGCUCCAUGACCAGCAGCUUGAAAGGUGAGGCCGAGUUUGCGCCAGAAGGGAUAGCGAAGAAGAGCAUGAGCGUGUAA